UCCGGGACUGGGCAGUGCCGGUCCUGCAGACCCGCCGGAGUGCCCGGGGUCCUGAGGCCGACCGACACUCGCCGGAAUUGGAACCGGGACCAGGGAAGAGACUCAACGGGUGUGGGCCGCUGCUGCGGGAGACUGGAGGCCUACAGCUUUGUGGUUGAUAAGAAAAUGCCCCCUUUUGCCCGGUUCUUUGAAAGUCAGGCUGAAGCAAGGAGGGAAGUUGCAGAUCAAUUCCUAAAACGUCUAUGGAAACGUAAGGGUAAGAUCUGUCCUCCAAUUCAUAAGAAGCCUAAUAUGAAUGAAAUAACCACUCCUACAGAAGCCCUACAAUUAGCUCAGGAGCUGGAAAAAACAUUAACACAGAUCCUGUUAAAUCUAAACACGAGAGCUUGUCUGGAUCGUGAAUCUGAUCUCUUAAGCUUUUUGACAUCGUUGAUCCAGAAACAGAAACGGAAUGAAGAUUAUUUAAAAUGCCAACUGAAUUACCAGGAAAGAGUAGAAAGACAGAAACAAAAGACCGUCCAGACUGAAAAACCUUCUACUUCAUCAGGUGAAGGGAUUUAACUUUGAAAGGCAAAGAAGCAAACCGGAGAUCAUAAAGUCAGUGAUUUAAGAGUCUUCA